AUGACUGUUAGAAACAGCCACUGGGUAGCACUUUUUUCUCAAUUAUUCGUUUUAUCUGCAAGUGUGGUUUUGUUUAUGAUUCCAAUUUAUCUACUCUGGAGUCACAUUACUUAUGAACAAAAUCAUUUAUCUAAUUAUAAGCCUCACGUGGUAGCUUUAAUAUUAGCUCGAGGUGGUAGUAAAGGAAUACCAAGAAAAAAUUUAGCUGUAAUACAAAACACUACACUUCUCCGAAGAUCUUUAGACACUAUUAAUGAUUGUGGAUUGUUCCACGAUGUAUGGGUAUCAACAGAUGAUAAAGAAAUUGCUGCUGAAGCUGAAUUAGCCGGUGCUAAAGUUUUUCACCGUAGUGCAGAAACUGCUUCGGAUGAAGCAACAUCACUUAGUGCUGUUAAAGAGUUUAGCAUGUACCAUCAAAAAGUGGAUAUUUUUGCUAUCAUUCAGUGUACCUCACCAUUUAUGACUGCUGAGUAUCUGACUAGAGCAUAUAAAAUGGCAGUUAAUCAGAAAUUUGAAUCUGUGUUUUCUGUAACGCGAACCCAUAAACUCCGCUGGAAACUAGAUUCUGAAGGUCAACUGCAACCAUCAAAUUUUGAUGUUACCAAAAGACCAAGAAGACAAGACUGGGAUGGAGAAUAUGUGGAAAAUGGCAUGUUUUAUUUUACAUACAAGAACCUAAUUGUAAAUAAUAAGCUUCAAGGAGGAAAGUUGGGAGUAGUUGUGAUACCAAUAAAUCGAAGUUUAGAAAUUGACACACAAUUUGAUUUGCAGGCUGCUCGACUUUUAGCUCCAUUACUAGAUAAACCUAAAAAUUUAACUAAUAGAACUAAUGAAAUGAUUAAAAAGUCAUAA